AUUACUAUCGAUAAGUUGGUUACUAGACCAAGUUUUUCGCCUUUACCAACACACAAUGGCCAUUACAACGCUAAACAACACUUUUUUGCUACAGCUCCGAAAUUGCUAAAAUUCCACGAAAUUUAAGUGUUUUUUCGACAUUCCUGGAAACAGCCUAUUUAAAUCGACAAGUACCACAUAAAGCGUCCACCUGCAGUCCGCGGAACACAGGAAACCCGGAUAAAUCGAAGCUAAGCAGGAUGCCCGUAAAGAACGGCGAAUCCGAUGGUGAGGGCGACGUUUCUGGUGCCGAAUCGGAACACUCAAACUCCAGCCAAGCCCACGAUACCUCCGAUGAGGAGGAGGCCAAUGAGUGCGACUCCGAUGACUCCUCGGAGCUGGAUGUCAGCGAAAUUGAGCGACGUCGGGCGGAACACAUCGAAGAUUUGUUGAGCUUGGAGCGCCAGUUUAAUACGCUGCGGGAGCAGUACUACUUUGAACGCAUCAACCUCAUUGAACGUCAGCUGGCGGAAGUUCGUUCCGGCCGUUCCGAGGAGUUUAUUCAGCCGCAAAAGGAGCUGGACAAGGUGUUUCGCACCCGCAUUGAGGUGGCCGAUGUGCUGCGCAGAUACCGCCUGCAGAACAUCGAGCACAAGUUCCUGUCCGAGGAGCAGGCAGCCGUCCAGCAUUUUGAGAGCGAGAAGCAUAUGACUGUUGACAAUCUGCGCGACGAGCUGGUUGAUCGCAUCCGUCGCUUGGAGGAGGACCGCCACAAUGUAGACAUUUCGUGGGCCGAUUGGGGCACCGACAAACGCCAGAGCAAGGUGCGCGGCCCGGGGCGUAAAAAGGCAGUGACCGUAACCGGGCCAUAUGUGGUGUAUAUGUUGCGCGAGGAGGACAUUAUGGAGGACUGGACGGUCAUACGAAAGGCCCUCAAGCGAUCCUCGUCAUCGGCAGCGGGAACGGGAACGGUGACGCCCACACCGGGUGGCGUCAGCCUGUCCGGACUGCCAGCAAUGGCUGGUGCCAGCGGAUAGCGGUGGGGCAUGGCUGCUUACGCCCACCUGCGUACCUGACGGCAGAGGAACCUCUGCCACCAGCGGCAGUAUAAGUAGAAUAGCGAUAGCGAUAUAGCGGAGCUCCCUCCUCGGGCUCGCCCGGACUCGACUAAGUUUAUCAUCCCCUAAGAUCCCUCUCCCUUAGAUUUUAGUUGUAAAGCCCACGGAAUCCCAUGCACGACUCUCAUAACCAUGUCCCCAAGCCCAAGACGAUGUAUGUAAUUUAUGCUAAACGUUAAGUGCUAAAUAAUAAAGCGACCAGCUAGCCAUUGGGGGGCCAGUGUGCGGUCAAUUCCAGCGA